AUGCCAAUCUCGGCCCUGCCUGAGGCCACAUCCCGCGCUCUCGGCUCUUCCCUUGUCCUCAACGAUGCAAAAUCAGUGGUCAAAGAGCUGGUCGACAACGCUCUCGAUGCGCGUGCGUCAGCCAUCAGCAUCGAAAUCUCGGCCAACACGCUUGAUGUCAUCCAAGUCAAGGACAAUGGCACCGCCAUCGGCAUUGAAGACAGACAACUUCUCUGUCGGCGAGGAUGUACCUCCAAGAUCAGAUCCAUGGACGACCUUGCCCGGCUGGGAGGCACGUUCCUCGGAUUCCGCGGCGAGGCGCUCGCCAGCAUGGCCGAAUUGAGCCAGGCUGUGGUUGUCACCACUCGAGUAGAUGGCGAGAUCGUUGCCACAUCGCUCAAAUACGGUGCUUCCGGAUUGCUCAGUUCUUCUUCGGCAUCUCAUCCUGUCGGGACGACCAUGCGUGUCCAACAAUUCCUCUCAAACAUACCUGUAAGGAAGCAAACAGCUUUGAAGAACUCCGCCAGAACUCUGCAGGCCAUCCGAGCAGCCCUUUUCCAAUUUGCCUUUGCCAGACCAGACGUCCGUUUCUCCUUCAAGGUCCUCAAAGGGAAAAAUGACAAACUGAAUUGGACAUAUGCUGCGAGUUCAAAUGACUCAUUGCUCGAAGUCGGUGCAAAGAUUGUAGGAAAGGACCUUGUCUCGCAGUGCACGGCGUCGAGCAUAUCAUCGGCCGACCCCGAGAUCGAGAUGGAAGAUGGAUGGGAGAUUGACGCUCUUCUUGUCUCCCUAGACACUGAGAAAGUGCGUGGCGGCAACCAGUAUAUCUCCAUCGAUGGCCGACCUGUCAGUUCAGACCGAGGUACAAUGAAAGAGAUCAUAACGACUUAUAAGCGAUAUUUGCAACACGCCCUAGACCGUUCAGAUACCUCUCCUAUUUCUCGACCAUUUCUCGCCAUGCAGAUCCGAUGUCCUCCCGAGACCUACGACGUGAAUAUUGAACCAGCCAAAGAUGAGGUUCUUUUCUUCCGUCCAUACCUCUUGUUGUCAUUGGUAGAGAGUCUCUUUCAAAAAGUCUAUGGGGUUCUUAACGACGAGACUCAUACUCCCGAGAAACCACGAAGAAAUCCCGAACCUGCCCCUAAAGUCGACGGGAAUAUGUAUGAGGCGGACCCGCAUGGAUUCGAAUUCCCCGAAACUCUCAAGCAGAGGACCCACGGCAGCAUCAAGUCCGACCAAGCUGAGGAGACGUUUGAGCGAAAGCAGUCAUUCUUGAAUCCAUUCACCAUUGCGGCAAUGAAUGCAAUAGUGGCCCCAAAGAAGAUGGGGCCCAUAGAACGAGGCACCUCGUCCGAUUUGGAUUCCGUUACCACACCAGGCCACGAGUUGAAAGGAUCAUCCUGCGAGCCGCAACGAACGGUAGCUAUAUCGCAUCAAACUCCGCUGGGACCACCGCGCCAUCUGCCCUCACCUAGCACAUUUGAGUCGAGUCCCAUCAGAUAUCAAAACCCUUCACCGCCCAUGAGACCACGAGUAGAAGCCACUCUACAUGCUAGAGGUGGGACAACACGAUCCCCGGACGAGAAGCAUGAUGUCCACGCUCUACAGCCGAAGACAACAGCACUUCAAGCAUGGCUGACGCCGGAUUCCGAGACACGUCCUCCUUGUAGAGACCGCGUCUGCCAGCCGGUUCUGAACCGUCCAGCAGAAAACCCACCUAGAGAUUUGCCCUCGGAUCUCCCAUCUAGUCCAACUGAGCCUGAACGUAGAUCAAUCCAGCCAACCACAAUCUCUUACGGGGGCCUAAAAUGGGGAGCCGGUCAAAGACCUUUCAAGUCGCCCUUGAAAUCCCUUGGUCACAGCCAUCCUUCGCAGGCAAGCCGGGGUCUGCCGGAAGUUCGCCCCAAUGCACCGGAUCAAGGUCGUCAGCCAGACGGUCAGGACACCGACGUUACCUCUGGACUCAGCGAAGAAGGCGGCUGGGAUAGGGGACCUGAUGGGCACGGGCAGCUUUCGCGACACCCGAGCCUCAACCAGGCCGUCAUCUUGGACUCGGCCACCGAACUCAGCGAUAUCAUGGAUUUUGAGCACCGAAAGAAAGCCGCCAUAGCACAUCAGAGGAGACUAGCAGCAAGCUUCCCGCCAGGAGCUCCUAUGGAGAAACCUACCAGACGGCGACCAUCUCAUGUUCAUGGGUUGACUCCAUCGACAGCAGAGUGUGCUAGCGUCUCCCAACUCGAGGAUGAGGAUGAGGACGAAAAUGAAGACUACGCCGGCAAGUUCAGUGGUGUCGAAGCUCCGGCGCGUAACGGGGCAAGGUCCAAUCCUCACCAGAACCGAUAUCAAGCAGCGCUUCGAAAUCUGUCUCACUCGCGUCCGCGCGUUUUGCUCGCUGGUGCCGCUGAAAGACACAGUGACAGUAACAGUCAUCACUCCGAGAGUGUCGCGCCAGAGUCAGAACCUGAACGCGAACGCGAAGAUGAAUCUGACCGACUACCACUUUCCAAAGACGACCCAAGAGCAUACUUGAUCCGACACCGGCGAAAAGUCGAAAGCGGCGACUCCAAGCUCUACCGUACGCAGCUGUCCCGUCUGCCACUCGAAUCUAUCCCUUCGGGGACCACGACUGUACAUCUCAAGCUAGAAACAGACGCGUUCGCAGACAUGGCGGCCCUGACGAAACAAUUGCAGGGUCACGCGGCGUCUGACCGCUACGUGACGCACGGCGAGGUGGAGGGCCCCGACUUGUUCGAGACACCUAUAUUUAUGUCUAGUGACUGGCAAUAUAUCCUGCGCGACCUAGUCAAGACGAAAUACCGCUUCGAGGCCGAAGAUGGGAGGGCGCUAGUGCCGCAUUUGAAGGUGGAGAUUUCACAAACCCGAAUUUGCUGA